AUGUCAGCCCCGGGCGGUGCAGACGCGCCUCGCGAUAUCCGCUCCUUCUUUACGUUGCGACCACAGUAUCACCAGCCGCAGCAACGGCCGCCGCCAUCGCAGUUACCGACACAGCACCACCAGAUGCCCAGAUCACGCACGCCCAUGAAGCGCUCGUCGCCCACGGGCAGCUCCGAGGAGGAGGACCCGCUAUCUGGUGGCUCCGCGCGAACCGUCUCCCGGCCCGUCGCCGCGGCGAGGCCGCCCAUGUCCUCGACAUCGCGCAUCGCGGUCAUGCUCCCCGCCUCGCCCGCCAGCAAGGGUCACGGCCCUCCGCCACCACGGCCCGUCGUGUCGGAUCUUGUGCGGCGUCCCAACGCCCAUUCAGCUACCGUCAAAAAGGAAACCCCCGUGCCGCUGCCGCGGAUACCCAACUUUCCUCAGCCCGCGUCCGUCUCGGCACCGCCCACGUCUGCGUCUACGCCUGUACCUGGCCCGGCCAGCGGCGGCCGCGGCAGGCCCAAGGGCUGGAAACCCGGCAUGUCCUACUCGGUCAUGCGCGGCAACGGGCCGCCCGGCUCCGUGGGUCGCCCCCGGCAGGUCAAGGUCAAGGCCGGAGCGCCUCCACUGCCGCCUGGCAUGGCCAAACGGCGCGGCCGGCCGCCCAAGGCCCCCUCGCCGCCCCCAGACGCCGUGUACCGCAGCCUCAGGCCGCAGUUUGUUGAAUUCCUCUGCGAGUGGGCCGGCUGCAAGGCCGAGCUGCACAACCUCGAAACCCUGCGGCGGCACGUAUUCGCCAUCCACGGCCGCAGCGAGACGUGCUUGUGGGCCAAGUGCGCGGCCCUGGAACCUCCGCGGACGCUCACCAACGGAGACGAAUUUCGCCAGCACGUCGAGGAGGCGCACCUGGUGCCGUUUGCGUGGCACAUUGGCGACGGGCCGCAGAACCGCGAGGGCGGCGGCGGCCGGGGGCCCGUGGAAAAGGGGCGCCGCGGCGGCAGCGGAAGCAGAGACGAAUACGAUAACGACGACGACAACACCUCCAAGGCGAGGGUGCCGGCGUUUCUGCUGGACGCGGACGGGAAUCAGGUCACGCCAUCGGUGCGGGAACAGCAGACGGAGGACUUGGCUACGUGGAGGAGCAACCGCCGCAAGCUCAAGGAGCUGCUGAUACGCAGGAACGACGCGCUCCCGGACGAGGAUUCGUCGGAUGAGCCGGAAGACGAGGAUGGCUGA